AAGGGGGAAACUCAUGAGAUUCAAGAGAUUCUCAAACGAAACCUCUCUUUUCCUUUCAUUUUUCUUUUUCCUCAACGCACCAUUCAUUAUUCAUUACUCCAUUAUUAUUUCAUUCCAUCGUUGAAGUUGAAAGCCAUUGACGAGUGCAAUGGGUAUCAUAGUUGAGGUUGAAAACGAUCACCAAAACGACGCCGUUUUGCUUCCCCCUUCUAACUUCUCCAUGGUUGAAGACGGCAUUUUUCGAUCCAGCUUCCCCAAACCUUCCAAUUUCCCCUUUCUCCAAACCCUAAACCUUCGCUCCAUCAUAUACUUGUGCCCCGAGCCUUAUCCGGAAGAAAAUCUAGAGUUCCUUCGCUCGCACAACAUUCGUCUCUUUCAAUUUGGAAUUGAGGGGAAAACGGAUAUUUCUAUGCCUAUUCUGAAGGAUUCUAUCAUGGAUGCUCUGAAAGUUUUGAUUGAUGUUAGAAACCACCCUGUUCUUAUCCACUGCAAGCGAGGAAAGCAUAGAACAGGAUGCCUUGUUGGUUGCUUGAGGAAGCUACAGAACUGGUGUUUGUCCUCUGUAUUCGAGGAGUACCAACGAUUUGCAGGUGUUAAAUCUAGGGCAAUGGAUUUAACAUUCAUAGAAAUGUUUGACAUCAUAAGCCUGAGGCAGUGCCUUUACAGCAUCAUCUACCAGUACCAUGGAUAUGGUUCAAAGAAGCGUCGGUUGAUGUAUAAAGAUGAGAAUUUACAGAAGCCCCGACUCACAUCAUUUUAGCUGUGGCGGGAUUUAAUUCCUUUUCUCCAUUAUUUGAUAGAAUUCAUAUCAUAUAGUUGCCCAGAUUCGAUGAUCGUUAUUUCCAAAGAUCCUCAAGACUACUGCCAGAGAAGAACAUAUGAUCUUCUUUUUUUUUUUGUCUUUUCCACCUUCCCUUUUACCUUUAUAGUUUUCAUUGUCUUACACCUACAGAAAUCUUUUGGUGCAAACAAUUCUUUUAAAUGGGUAUGGCCUUUUCAAAAAAAAAAAAAGUGAGCAUAUCAAUUGUUAUUUUGUGUUAUGCAUGCUUCUGAAGCCAUGUAUCUAUGAGCAAAUAAUGGCUUAUCUUGAUAUAUAAGAAAUUUUUGGCACGGUUUUUACAAGAUUUGGAUGCA